CGAUGCUCGUAACCGAGACAACCACCGAUAUCGCGACGGCGACGACGCCGAUGCGUCUGCACUGGUUCACGCCAACCCUGCUCUUGGACCCGGCAAACUCCAACACAAAGCUGUGCUCAAUUUUGGUCUUCACCGAAAUCUACCAAGUGACGGGCCCUGUCGCCCGAUUCUGUCGUCAGAUAGCUGCGCACGGCUUCAUCGUUGCGUCGUGCGAGUCGUACCACAACUUUUUGGAGCCAGGCACCGUUCUUGCGUACGAUGGUCCAGGCACGGAUUUGGGGAACCAGUUGAAGAAGGACAAGCGAUUGUCAUCGUUCGACGACGAUGCGACAGCCGCCAUCACAGCCCUCCUCGCCCAUCCGAAUGCCAAUGGCCGUGUAGGUGUGACUGGUAUGUGCCUCGGCGGACACUUGGCCUUCCGUGCUGCGAUGGACCCUCGUGUUGGUGCUGCCGUGUGCUACUUUGGCACGGACAUCCACUCGGAAACGCUGGGAGCCAAGCCGCGCGCUGUCGAUGAAGUCGAAUCGCUGGCCCGUUGCAGCGACAUUCGCGGCGAGAUUCUCAUGAUUUUCGGAACGAAGGAUCCGCAUGUGCCUCGCCAAGGACGCCGCUUGAUCUACGACGCCCUUGCGCAAGCCAAAGUCGACUUUGCCUGGAUGGAACUCAAGGCGGACCAUGCCUUCAUCCGAGACGAAUCCAGCAAAGGACGAUACGACCCCUCGAUCGCAAAAAUCUGCUUGGAUGCGCUCGUCGAACUCUUCCAUCGCAAGCUCACGUUGAACUUGACUGACUCGGCACCGUCAAAUCCAAAGGACCUCAUCUGUUAAUGCAAACCUGUUUGUUGGGCCCCAUUUUGCGUGUAUGGAUGUCGCCACGUCGCCAUCCCUUGUGCCGAAGACUCUCGACAUUCCUCUUCCAUUUCGUUACCAACUGCGUUCGACACUCGAUGCUGAGCUCUGAGCCAAGCAAUUCGUUUGGCAUGGCGGAGGCAGGUCGAAUACGGCAUGUGCAAACCUACAACUUUGGCAUGUCUGCGCCACGACACUAGACUGCACGAGGGGCAUGGGAGGCCGAGGACUGUCGUCGCCAUGGUGGCGGUGGC